AUGGAGGCAGCCACAGCUCCGGAGGUGGCCUCGGCACCCACGCUGAAGGUGAAAGAAGAGCCAGCUGAUGCUGACCGACCCCGGGCUUCACCUCUGCAGGGGGCCGGCAGCCCCAUUCCCCAGCGCCUGCCCCCCACAGAAGAGCACCCCAAGAUCUGGCUACCCCGGGUCCUGAGGCAGACCUACGUUCGGAAGGUUGGAGACACCGUGAACCUACUGAUCCCAUUCCAGGGCAAACCCAAACCUCGAGCCAUCUGGACGCACGAUGGCUGCGCCUUGGACGCCAGUCACGUGAGUGUGCGGAAUGGGGAGCGGGACUCCAUCCUCUUCAUCUGAGAGGCCAAGCGUGCUGACUCGGGUCGCUACCAGCUCUGUGUGCAGCUGGGCGGGCUGGAGGCCACCGCCACCAUUGACAUCCUGGUGAUCGAGAGGCCGGGUCCUCCUCAGAGUAUCAAGCUGGUGGAUGUGUGGGGCUCCAGCGCUACCCUGGAGUGGACUCCGCCCCAAGACACAGGCAACGCGGCACUCCUGGGAUACACGGUGCAGAAGGCUGACACCAAAUCUGGGCUGUGGUUCACGGUGCUGGAGCGCUAUCACCGCACCAGCUGCACAGUCUCCAACCUCAUCAUUGGCAACUCCUAUGCAUUUCGAGUCUUUGCUGAGAACCAGUGUGGGCUCAGCGAGACAGCCCCUGUCACUGCCGACCUGGCCCACAUCCAGAAAGCAGCUACUGUUUACAAGACUGAGGGGUUUGCCCAGCGAGAUUUCUCAGAAGCCCCGAAGUUCACCCAGCCUCUGGCAGACUGCACCACAGUCAUCGGCUAUGACACCCAGCUCUUCUGCUGCGUCCGCGCCUCCCCCGAGCCAAAGAUCAUCUGGCUAAAGAACAAGAUAGAUAUUCAAGGCAACCCCAAGUAUAGAGCCCUCACUCACCUGGGGAUCUGCUCCCUAGAAAUCCGCAAGCCUGGCCCCUUUGAUGGGGGCGUCUACACCUGCAAGGCCGUUAACCCCCUGGGGGAGGCGUCCGUGGACUGUCGGGUGGAUGUGAAAGCUCCUAAUUGAGGCACCCUAAGCGGACAUGGGCAACUCUGUGGAAGGAAGCCUGUGGCGAGACUGUGUCCUUAAGGAGCUCCAGCAUAGUGUCUGUUUGGGCUAAUCUAAAUAAAGGAG